GGACUGACCUCGAGUUCUCUUUUUCAAAUUCAAGAGUUACUUCUUUCCAAAAGAAAAAAACCAACACAAGUAUCAAGGAUCUUUACUACUUUGUUGAUUACUUCUUGACUUACUUCUUCUUACAAUGGAUCGAUCUGGCAGAGUCAAUCGAGGUCUACGAUACCUAUGUCUGGACCAUUACUCGGACUCAUCACCAGAACUUGUUACGGCAAACAUCACCAAGCUUCGACUGCUUCAAUCCUUGGACUUGGAUGUUGUACACCUACCUGCCCUUCCUGGUUGUCCUCACGAUGGCGCUGUCCGUGUACCUCAGGAUGAAUCCCAACCACAGCGUCUUAUAUGGUUCGACUUUAUGGUCCUGCUAGAAGACGAACAUGAAGUCGCAACUCGCUAUGGUACAAUUACGAUGGAUGAAGCUGGAAGUGAAUCACCACCGGCCUUCUACGUUGUCAUCUUUCCAAGUACACCGGGUCACAUGGCAAUCGUUCCACAUGAUAUCGCCUGGGCAGCAAAGGAGUCUGGCUCUUACGAUAUAAUCGGCACUGGCAUCACAGGUCCAUUCUUCCCUUACCUGUUGCAGGAGCAUCUUAUGUCUACGGCUCUGCAAAGGAUCUCGAUGAUACCCUGGGGGGAGCAGUAUACAAACCCUGGCACUGGCGUAGUUCUGAGAAACUGGUAUCCACUGAUGACAGAGUCACCAAGAGACUCGCCAGUUGCCCCUUUGCUCCCACAGCCUUGGUCUGCUGUACCACAGCCGUCGAACAGCACGGGAAAGAAACGCCGUCGUGAGUCUGAUUCUGAGGAGGACUUUGCGAGAGUGGCUCCUGCGUCGCGGACGACAGCCCCUAUACACCCAGUCGACUUUACGGAGCCUGGCUUCGAUGCCAGUUGGCUGGACCAGGACUUGUUCAGCCUAGACUGGCUCUCGACUGAAUCAGCACUUUCGGUCCUCCCAGGUACGGCUUACGAUACUUUGUAUGGCAUUAGACCUGCAGAAACUCAACAGUCGGCGGGAUAUAUACAGCCAGCACCACCUGAGUCUAGUGAUCUCAGAACAGACACUAGACCUGCCAACAAUGAACUGGCUUAUCUGGGCUACGAUCUGUCAUGUAUGAAGGAGCUCGAGAGCGAUAAGGCGUUCGCUGGAUCAAACAUUGCCUCGACCCUAGAAGGUGCUACAGCUCCGAAUGUCAGGCGGCUCCUGCCAGCGACUCAAGCCGGCCCUGCGACUACUUCUUUCGCUGUCACUGACGCGCGACCGUACGAACAAGUUGUUGCUGGCAGUAGUCGUAGACCGCUCGUACCUGCUCAUUUUACUCCCGAGGCAGGUCCUAGCCACAUCUCCCCAGCUGCAGUGCCUGUUGACGCUCCUUCCAAUGCUCGAAGCUCUUCUAUAGCUGUCCCCUCAUCCAGCCCCGAGGUGGAAGGCUCAGAGUCCGACUCGGAAGACGAAGAAGAUGCCCCGUGCCGACUCAUCGAGUUGUCUCCUGAUCAUCCAUGGAGCAACCAUAUAUACCUACCUCCCUCCACCCAAGACGUGCUCACCCAGCUCUUGGCGCCAGACACCAUCUGUCUCCCUGUCAUCACCAACCCGAGCGACACCAUGAGCAAGAAACCCACGCCUUUGUCUGUUCUCUCAAUCUCACACCCAUGUCUACACGUCUUGUCAAGCCGCUUCAAACCAGACACUUUCUUCUUGAUCCCCAGCCGUUGGGUCGAUGCCUUUCACAGUCAUCUGAACCAACUUCUCAACAGUACUCAGGGAGAAAGCAAAAAGUCGGCGUUACGUGGUAAGCACAAGGUCGUGACUGAGAACCCUACUGUCAAAGAUGCUCUCGACAGAUAUGGUGUCAGGGGUAUAGUCGGAGCAGAAGCGUUGAGUGAGGAGCUGUGGCGUAAGUUUUCGAUGGAGGCUAAGAGACAGACGCCGAUUGGGAUGACGAGGGAGGAUGACAGGAAUGCUUGUUGCUCUGUUCGGGAGGUUCUGCAGGUACAGGUUGAUUGGUCGAUGAGGGACAUGAAUUGAGGGUUGAGUUGUCGGAUUGUUCUCCUGCGAAUGUGUAAUUCGAGUUGCUCCGAUGGGAGUACUGAUAUAUGAUGAACGAAUGUGUUUCUAUGGAGGCUAGCUUUAGCUUUGCGAGAAGGAUAUUGCUGUGUUACUGAUCGGGUUAUACCCUUGAUAUAUACGAACGUCGCUCAGUUUUCGUUGAGUC